AAAACAGCACACGCUGUCGAUCCUACUUCCGACUUUUUCCACAUAUCCUUUGUGUGUUGUUGCGUCGCACAAACGGGAUGAAUAUCCAAGCUGUGUUGUUGCAUUAGGACAAAUUUCACCCAAAAAAUGGGACUAUCUACGAGUGUUAGUCGGUACAAAACUUUGGGAACAAUGGCUGCCGUCUCUGUGGUACUACGUCUGUCCCUUUUGUUGUCUUUCUGUGUAGUUUCGUUCGCUGCAGGUGAUGAAGUUCCCGUGCACAUGACGGUGGUUUAUCGACCAUUGGGCGAUAGCAGGUACACGUGCUACCGUAGUGAGCCCGAUAGAGACGCUGCAGUUAGCUACGGACGUUACGUGAGAACACGAACCCUUGAUCCCCAAAACAGAGGCCCGACGAGCGCAUCACCGGGCAGUGUGCAAGGAUCCAUCCGAGUAAAUCUUUAUUAUCAAUACCAGAACUACUUCGGGAUAUAUUUCUGUCGAGCGAGGAAGCGUGGAAGGUUGCUGACGACGAUAACUGCUACUGUUUUGCUCUACAGUGCGAAGAUCGUCCCUGCGGAUGGCUUGUACACAAAGACGGUCAACGCAGGAGACACUGGCGUCUUGAUUGAGAUGUCAGGCAUCGUCUCAUCCACCAACGACUUUGCAUGGAGGUUCAACAAUUCGGGCAUCCUGACAACGGGGUCACCGAACUUUGCCAUCGAGGGAGCUGUUACACAGACCCAGGCCGGAGUAUACGAGUGUCACUAUUUGAGAGAACGGGACGAAGCGAGGCAAGGGCUGGUUAGACUGAUAGUCAGAGGUUGCCCAGCGGGUCGAUGGGGCCCACCGGAAUGCUCAGGAGUCUGUGAUAACUGUUAUAAUGGCGGCAUAUGUAAUGACCUGAAUGGACAGUGUGUGUGCCCGGCUGGUUUUAGAGGAGAGAACUGCUUGCAGGCUUGUGGUGCUUACAGAUUCGGCUUUAGCUGUGAGAUACAGUGCUCCAGCACUGAUAACUGUAGGGGUCUGGUGUUCUGCGUUCCUGACCCUAUGGGCUGCAGGUGUAAUGCUGGGUACGCAGGCUACGACUGCCUUGCAGCAUGCCCGAGUGGAACGUUUGGCGCUAGUUGCCUGCAGGAAUGUCAUUGCGAUCCAGGGUCGAGGUGCGACCGUUUUACCGGGGAGUGUAGCCGUGGCUGUGCCCCGGGUUGGUCAGGCCAAUCCUGCCAAAUUCCAGGUGUUUGCGGCAGUGACUUCUACGGUACUGACUGCACGGGGAAGUGUCAAUGUUUGGAGGACAGACCCUGUGAUAAACAGACAGGGGGAUGUCCCAACGGACAGUGCAAGCCUGGCUUCACCGUCUACCCAGGGGGAUUCAACUGUCAAGAGUGUCGAGAUGGCACGUACGGUGUAAACUGCGCUGGUGUUUGUCACUGUGAGGACUCCAACUGCGUGAAGUCUUCAGGAGUCUGCAAUGGAGGUUGCAAAACCAACUGGGCGGAACCAGACUGCACUACAGGAAUAGUUAGUUUCAUCAACACUAAAGCGAACAGCGGACAGACGUCAAUGUUCACGUGUAUUGUGACUGGGGAUCCGCUACCUCUGGCGGCUGCAGUCAAAGUCUACCGAUCUUCCAAUGAUGGUCAGUACGAGUCAGAUACGAGCAAUGUGAUUGGCUCGGAGCGCGUGCUAACGUUCGUAAUCCCAGCUGUGGAGCUGGGUGAGGAGUUCACUUGCUACAUCGUGGAGCCCUACGUGACUCUGCUAUACACUGCAGAUAUGUACGAAUUACCUGUCUUGACCAGACAGCCCCGUGCCAUGCAGAUAAAGGCUCGUGAGGUGACCAUCGAAUGGGAUGCAUGGAGCCCUGACGUCGGUGACACAGGCGACCCACCCAUCACGGCAUACACCGUGCAAUACCGGCCACAGAAUGGGGAUUCCCAGGAGUGGCUGAGUGGUACCAUGCUCCCUGUGACGGCUACCAGUCUGACAGCAACUGUUGGCGAGCUGGCACCAGAGACUGCGUACGAACUGGGCGUGGCCGUCAGCAGGGAAGGAGUGGGCGGUGAGGGAGCGAUAGGUGCCAUACUGUCAGUGACAACGUUAUGCAGUGAACCCCUAAAGCCACCGGACGAUGUACAAGCGUCCAGCAAGCAACAAAUAAAAAGACAAAUCGUCGUUACCUGGCAGGACCUGCAGGCUGAUUUCCAAGGAUGCAGCACUGGUAUCACGCAGUACCGUAUUCGCUACACACCUGAUCUCGACACGGGAACCAGCGUGACAGAUACCGUGGACCAUGUGGUAACAGCUGUCAAUCUAACGGGUCUGGAACCCUACGUACAAUACGCCAUCUCCAUCCGCGCCGUCAACGAAAUCGGUGACGGUCCCUGGAGUGACGUCAUCAUGACGUACACGCCCGAGGAAAAGCCCCCUCCCCCGCAGAUGGUGACCAUUCCACGCAGCACCACGAGCUCAAUCACGGUGCAGUCGGAGGCAACGUCACCUCACAAUCUGAACGGUAACGUGAGUCACUACUUCAUCCAGUACAGCCUAGCCACUGAGGGCGCCCUAACAGAGGCAACAGUCAUGCGCGUCAACCAAACAGGCUACAAAAUGACGUACACGAUAACGGGCCUGCCGAGUACGACCGACUACACCAUAAGGGUUAAAAUUGUCAACGGAGUCGGGGGAAGUGAUUGGAGCGAAGCUGUUAAGGCGACAACAGUAGAAACAGGUGGUACGGACAGCCAAACUGGCAAUGGUGGGAGCGUAGCUGGAGGUAUUUUGGGCACUUUGUUCAUCAUCAUCAUCGCAAUUGUAGUCGUUCUUCUCGUGAGACGAAGAAGACGCCAAGAAUAUUCCGGAAGACAAAACAGUGAUAAACCUGGAACCAUCCACAAAAACAACGCUUACGACAGCAACAUCAGCGACAACACAGACCAAGGAACUGCCAAGGAUCUGACUCCGGCUGAUGUGUCAUCAGCAGAAACUCAUAAAACUGCUGAUAAUGAGGCUACCAUCUAUGCAAACGCAGGUUUGGCGCCUGACCAAUCACAGAAGAGGACAUCAGUUACUAGGGGAUCCAAAAAGGGCCGAUUUCCCGCCAAACCCGCCCACAAGCCGCCUCCCCCAUCCAGCAUCGAUCCGAACAGUCUACCGUUGGGGUUGCUGCAACUAUUCGCCGGCAUUAAACAGCCAACAGACAGUAUUAUAUCCGAACAGUCAGAAAGGACGUCACUAGUAGUAGUAGAAGCACCCAAACAGUCUUCGGAACCAGAGCCCGCCAAACAGCCGUCGGAGCCAGAGACAACUAAACAGUCCUCGGAGCCAGAGUCAACCCCAAAACAGUCACGGCGAUCCAGAACUGACGAUGAGUGCGCGUACGGGAACGUGAACCUGGGUCCAAAGCUUAGCGUCGCCAUCCCUGUAGCUCAACUUGACGAUUACAUCACGAAGAAGAAAGACAGUUCCACGGACAGCCUCAAGUAUGAAUUCUCGCUCCUUCCCGCAGACCAAACAAAACCCUGGACCGUGGCAUCCAAUCCAGACUUGAAGACCCGGAACCGCUUUAAAAACAUCAUACCAUAUGAUGAGUCGAGAGUUCAGCUAGAAGCAAUUGAAGGAGUGAAAUUAUCGCAUUACUAUAACGCCAGCUACAUACAGGAUUACAAGCAUAAAAACUCCUUCGUCGCUGCCAUGGGACCAAAUGCUGCCUCCUUGAAUGACUUUUGGCGGAUGAUCUGGCAAGAGAAAUUCAACAUCAUCGUCAUGGCAACGCGACUUGUAGAAAGUGGCAAGGAAAAAUGUAAGAGAUAUUGGCCAACAACAGUGAACGAGGAGGAGACAUUCGGUAAGAUUGUCGUCAAACUUCUUGAAGUGGAGACAUUCUCAGAUUAUGCAAUCAGCACGCUGCAAAUCCACCAGGCUGGGCAGGAUGACGUUUGCCACAAUAUCAAGCACUUCAACAUCACCACCUGGCCAGAUAUGGGCGUGCCCCUCUACCCGACCUCUGUGCUCAAUCUGGUGCAGGUCGUCAAGGAUGCCCGGUCUCCGAUGCUCAAACGCGCCAGCGUAGAAGCUGAGAAACCCAUACUGGUUCAUUGCAGUGCCGGAGUGGGUCGGACGGGAACCUUCAUUGCAAUAUACACCUUGAUGGACAUGAUGCUAGAGCAAGGUGAAGUCAGCGUGUUCAGAUUCGCCAAGCAGAUGAGAGAGAACCGAGUCAACAUGGUUCAGACCUAUGAGCAGUAUGCGUUCAUCUACGCGGCUCUGUUGGAAGGACAUCUCAGUGGAGACACAAGAAUGCCGCUCAGAUAUUUCAUCGAGAGAUUUGCCAAACUCAGGAAGAUCAAUCCGAAGACCAGAAGACGCUACGUUGAGGAACAGUAUAAGGCAUUGAACCAAAUCACCCCACCACCAGAUAAAGAGGCGUAUGGAGCGGCUACCCUCCCUGAAAAUGCCGACAAGAAUCGGUUUGAAGACGCGCUUCCUUUGGAGCGCAACCGACCCAACUUGGCCUACGCAGGGAUCGGUACUUCGAGUUACAUCAAUGCCUCGUUCGUUGACGGUUUUAAGCGCAAGGAGGCCUUUAUCACGACCCAACUGCCUCUUCAAAACACCAUGACUGACCUGUGGCGUCUGGUGUACGACUGGAAAUGCCCCACUAUCGUCAUGAUGAACGGUCCUCACACCUUCAACAAUGAGCCAGUGCAGUACUGGCCCGAUUCUGGAAGCCUCGUCUUCGGGUCUCUGUGUGUAGAGAUGAUCGAUCAGAGUAAAGGACGAAUCUACAACUCCACAACUCUGGGAGUGUCAAAGAGUGACAACUCGGAGGGUAACACGUUGACCGUGAAGCACUUUCAGUUGAAUGGAUGGGAAGGUAACGAGGAUAAGCCCAACUCGCCACAGAUCAUACUGGAUCUGCUGGACGCCGUGAACCAGUGGCAGUCGGAGUGCCAGUCUACGGGACCUACUCUGGUCCAAUGCAUAAACGGAGUUGGCCGCAGUGGUGUCUUUUGCGCUGUCUCCAAUGUAUAUGAGAGGAUGGGCGGGGAUGAGAUAGUAGACGUCUUUCAAGCCGUGAAGAGACUAAGGAUGAACCGACCGCAGAUGAUCGAAUCCUUGGAGCAGUUCAUCCUGUGCUACGAGGUGAUUCACCAACAUCUUGAACGGUUCCAGCACUACGACAACCUCCUUUAAGAAACGUCUUCAUGAACGUGAAACAUCUUCAUGAAAUCUUGGAACGUCUUCUCAGAAACAGCCCUAUUUUACCGUUGAAAAUGAGCGAAUCAUGUUCACCCAUUUCUA